AAGGUUGAUGGUCCCUGCUGCUAUGAGUUGGUAUCCAAACAAAGUACAUACAACCUUGGAUCCUGUCUCGCACCCACUUCCCUCUUUGUCUUUGGAAGCCAUUGAAGCUCUUCUUCUCAACCCCAUUUCUAAGUUUUUUUUUUGCAACUUACCCUUUUUUCUUUUUUGGCCCUGAAGCCUGUUUUUCAAGCAAAGCUUGCUUUUUUCUGUCACCAAAGACUAACCCCAUUUUAGGAUUUUGCUUUUUCCUUUUUGGGUAUGGGAGUUUAGCUUCACUGUAGAGACUCAUGUGUGAUCCCUGAGAAAAGAAAACCCUGUUGCUGAUUUGGUUUGGUCUCUCUCACAAUGAACUCUUCUACAAGGUUGGAUUCAGCUGUGUUUCAGCUCACACCAACUAGAACCAGGUUUGACUUGGUUAUAACUGUGAAUGGAAAGAAGGAGAAAGUUGCAUCAGGAUUGCUCAACCCAUUUCUAUCCCACUUGAAGGCCGCUCAAGAUCAAAUAGCUAAGGGUGGUUAUUCAAUUGUUCUUGUGCCCGAGCAUGGCAGUGAUACCUCAUGGUUUACCAAGGGAACAGUUGAAAGGUUUGUUCGCUUUGUGAGCACUCCUGAGAUAUUGGAACGUGUGUAUACUAUAGAAUCUGAAAUCGCCCAAAUUGAAGAGGCAAUUGCAAUUCAAGGAAAUAAUUCUAUAGGGAUUAGCAUUGUGGAAGAAAACCAAAUAAAACAUGUGGAAAGAACUGAAGGUAAUUUUGAAAGAACAGGCAGGAAAACUCAGCAGCAGGAAAUGAAUGAGGAGAAAGCUAUUGUACUUUACAAGUCUGAUACACAGCCACCUGAAACAAAUGGAAGCACAAAAUCAGAAGGAAACUCAAAAGUUCAGCUUUUGAAAGUCCUGGAGACACGUAAAUCUGUGCUGCAGAAAGAGCAAGGAAUGGCAUUUGCACGAGCAGUUGCUGCUGGUUUUGACAUUGACUACAUGCCAGCUUUGAUGUCAUUUGCUGAAUGCUUUGAAGCAUCACGCUUGAUGGAUGCAUGUAGAAAUUUUAUUUCUCUAUGGAAAAGAAAGCAUGAAAGUGGCCAGUGGCUUGAAAUUGAAGCUGCCGAAGUGAUGCCUAAUUGUGCUGACUUCUCUGCAAUAGAUGCAUCAGGCAUUAUACUUUCCAAUACGGUUACUACAUCCCAUACUGAAUUGGACUCAGAAAGUAACGGGAAAACUAAUUCAGAUGUGUUUUCAGUGAACAGACAACCAACUGCAGGCUACCAAGAUAAUGUUCAAGGUCAUUUUCCACAUAAUGGAUUUUCCUCUUGGCCUGUCCAUUCUCCCCCAGGUGCUUUACCAAUGUUGCAUCCAUAUCCAGUGCAAGGGAUACCCUACUAUCAGACUUAUCCAGGAAACAGCCCAUUUAUGCAGCCCAUUCGUUCACCUAUGGAGGACUCCAGACUAAAUGCUGGUCAAAAUAUGGGACAUAGAAGGCACUCCAUGGACAAUGGACAAAAUACCGAAUUCGAAACUCGGGAUGAAUUGGAUAUGGAGAGGGAGGGUUCACAGACUGUAGAACGACGGAAGAAGUCUGGCCGAACAGGCAGGCAGAAGUCUGGCAUGGUGGUCAUUCGGAACAUCAAUUACAUAACAAAGACAGAACAUACUUCUGGAAGUGGAUCAUGUUCAGAUUAUUCCUCUGAAACUGAUGAAGAUAAAGAUGCUCAGGAAUCUGUCAAGACCUCAAAAAGAAGAGAAUCCAGUAACAAAUCUUUUAAAAGAUUGAAUUCAUCUGAAAAGGAAGUAACAGAAUGUGGGAGAGAUGCUGAUGGAGGACAAUGGCUAGCAUUCCAAAAUUGUUUAUUGAAAGGUGUAGAUGAAGAUAGAAAGGCCAUCGACCAGGGCCAGUUUGAUCAUGUGAGAAGGAAAAAACAGGUUGCAGGCAAUGAUCCUAUAGAUUUUACUGAGCGGAAUAUGCAUGAAGUUCAAGGAGGUGGAGCUACAGAUGUGCAUAGCAUUAGCAAGGGAUUGUCCCGCAUGCCUAGGUCAUCCAAUGAUGAUUUCUUAUUGUCUAGAAGGUCAGGACAAUCUGUUAAUGCUAGGUCUGUGGAUGAUGUGCAGUCUUUAGAAAUAGAUGGAAGGAUUGGUGGUUAUAGGAGGGGGGCCAAUGAUGAUUUCGUCAUUCUUAAACAAGAUAGUCAGUGUGGUAAUUUACAACAUUCCUCAGAUGUAGCAGCUGUCAAUGGGCAAGGUUAUUCAAGCAAUAAAUUGGAAAGGAAGUUGUUUCACGACAUGAAUGAUGACUCCUAUAUAGUUGAAAGUAGGUCAGUCAGAGUCAGUGAUUCAGGAAAUCUUGAGAGAAAUGCUAUUGACAUGGACUCGGAGUUCCCAAAGGUGCAUAGGAACGAAGAAAAAACUUCCAAUUAUCAGCCACAUGAGUUGAGCUUGAUGCCUGAACGAGGAGCAGAAAAGGGGUUAAUGUUUUAUGACCCUGCGUUAGAUUAUGAAAUGCAGGCUCAGGCUGGAGGCAGUGCUUCACAAGAUAAAAAGAGCAAGGGUCACAUGAAACCAGGGUCUAAGAUGUUGGAUAAAGAUCUGAAAUCAAAACCUACUCCAAAUAGUUCUGAUAGUAAAAAAUCUGUUGGGCCUAUAAGGAGAGGAAAGACUAGUAAACUGAGUCCAUUGGAUGAAGCACGGGCACGUGCUGAAAGACUACGGAACUACAAAGUUGAUCUCCAGAAAAUUAAGAAGGAGAAGGAAGACGAAGAGAUGAAACGCCUCAAUGCUUUAAAGAUGGAGAGGCAAAAGAGAAUUGCUGCCAGGAGUAAUUCAAUUGCUACCAAGUCACCCAUUCCAUCACAGCUAACCAAGAAACAGAUUCCAACGAAACUUACGCCCAGCCCUUAUAAAGGAUCAAAAUUUAGUGAUUCAGAGCCAGGUUCAUCCUCACCCUUCCCAAGAUUUCCCAUCAGAACUGCUGUUGGAUCCAGUGAUUCUUCAAAAGUCAAAAAAAUCAGCAGAUUGAAUACUGGAAGCCAUUCAGUUACAAACAAAUUAAGCCGAUCAGCACCUUCUCUGCCUCAAUUCAAGCGAGAGAAGAGCGAUGGUACAGCUAAUACUAAGGCACCAAUGGCAAGACUUAGAAGAUUGUCAGAACCUAAAAUGAGUACCAUUCGUCAUACUUCCUCUACCUCCGUUAAACCACAAGGUGCUAGGACAAAUUCAGUGACUAAAGCAGCUAAUGAGACUGAGAUCAGGAAGAUUUCUGCUAUUGUGAAUCAUGAUAAAAGUAUGACUGCAACUCUCCCCGAACUAAAAAUCAAUACAUUCAAAGCAAUUGACAUCGUCCAAAACAGGUCAUCUUUGAAUACACCGAAGCUGAAUGUUAACAAGUCCUCUUUGAAUUCAGAAGGUACCUCACUGAAGAAAAAUGAAUUUGGAAUUACGCCAAAUGAUGAUGGAGAUGACAAUCCUAUAAUUGAGAAGACUGUUGUAAUGCUUGAGCGUGAGAAACCUCGUGCCCCCAAUAUUAAUGAUAAGUCUAAAGAAAAAAAAGGGAUACCAAAGAGACAGUAUGACAGUGAGAAACUGAUGGAGAAAACUGAGACUGUGUCGAGUUAUGUUGCUUUUUGUGCACCAGUUUCAGUAGAUAUAGAAAUCUCGGAGAACAAAUCACAUGUGAAACCCAUAUCGUCCAAGGUUAAAGCAAAUGAUACAGAGAAAGAACCUUCAAAAUCGUCUAGCAUUCAUAUUACUGAGGAAACAUAUCAUACCACACAUGCUCGAGUUUCUUCCUUGGAAGAUCGUUGCACACGAAACUCUGAGUACAGUAAAGCACCUCCCACAAGCUUGGACAGUGCAUCAAUUGGUAUGGAAACUUUUAAAUCACGCGUGUCUGAAUCCAGAAACUCAACACUUGAGAAGAUUCCCGAGGUGAUUGAGAAACCUCAGGUAAAGGAAUCAUCUAAAGGGUUGAAACGGCUGUUAAAGUUUGGAAGGAAGAGUCAUGACUCGCCUACUGGUGGAUGCAACAUGGAAUCAGAUAAUGCUAGUAUUGACGGUUCUGAAGCAAAUGAUAUUGGAACUAAUGGUUCCUCUAAUGAAGUUCAUACUCUGAAGAAUUUAAUCUCAAGAAAUGAAGCUCCCUCAAACAGUGCAACUCCUCCGAAGUCUUCUCGCUCUUUCUCCUUGUUAUCGCCGUUUCGAAGCAACAAAGGAAAAAAGAUAAUGAUGGCAUGACAGAACUUAUGCUGUUUGAGGUUGACACAGUGACCAUUUACUUGAUUCUUUUCAUUUUUUUCCUUUUAUGGGGGGGGGCCUUAAUGGUCCUGUGUUAUGGUCUAGCUGAGAAUAAUUUGGUGUUGGAAUGAUCCACCUCUUAACCAGAAGCAAUUUUAGGCCAUCUUUUUGACAGCCCUUGAGUUUCAAACCCCUCACUUUUAUUGGAAAUCUGGAUGGGGAGAUAGAUUCUGAAUCCUUGAGGAAUUGGUUGGUUCAGCAGAUGGUAAAUUGGUAAUGUAAAUUAAGCCCCUAUAUUUUUUGAUGUUGGGAAAAUCAAUUAUCAUAAAUGAAAAACAAACGGAUCAAUGUACAUUUAUUGUUGACUUUAUUCUAUUUUUUAUAUAUCAGAAUUGCAAUAAUAAUAAUCAUAUGAUAAUUCCUUCC